UUUUGUUUUUGACAAGGAGAAGAAGAAUUCUGACACCCAUCUUCAUCGUAGCUUCCGUAGGCCCAUUAAACCACGUUUUAUUAGUCUCUGCCUUAGCAUUUUUAAUCUUUUUGACUGUAAUGUGAUAUUUUUUCACAAGACCUUCAUCACAUUAAGUACAGCGGCAUUCGUACGUUUCAUGACAGCUCGCUGAACCAGCUGAAUAGCAGCAGCGACAGUCAUGGAGGAGGAGACACCAGAGGAGCUGCUGAUUAAGCGGCACCGUAAAGAGAAGAAAGACCUACAGGCAAAGAUCCAGGGUAUGAAAAACUCCGUCCCUAAAAACGACAAGAAGAGGAGAAAACAGCUGACGGAGGAAAUAGCAAAGUUAGAGUCGGAUCUCAGUCAGAAGCAUGAGGAGGAACUCAAGCAGCUGAAGUCUAAUGCUGAAACAAAGGUGGAGGAGGUGGUGAACGGUGUGGAGACCAUAAAGCUGGAAGGCGGAGAACAAGAAGAAACCAAACAACCACGAGUAACUAAAGCACAGAAGAGAAGGGACAAGAAGGCUGCACAGGAGAAGGAGAGAGAAAGCAGGAUAGCAGAGGCAGAGGUGCAGAACCUGCAGGGCGUGAGGCACCAGGAGGGUUUAAAGCUAGCUCAGAAACUGGCCCAGCAACAGCUUCAGAUAAAGGAGAUUUCAUCUGAUGGACACUGCAUGUACCGUGCCAUUGAAGACCAGCUAGCACAGCGAUUAAAGUCGGGGUUAAAGAUGAGUGUGAAGGAGCUCCGAUCCCGCACUGCUGAGCACAUGAGAAACCAUGCUGACGACUUUCUGCCUUUCCUCACUAACCCCAACACUGGGGACAUGUUCACAACAGACGAGUUUGAGAAAUACUGCAGCGAUGUGGAGCACACAGCAGCUUGGGGCGGCCAGCUGGAACUCCGAGCUUUGACUCAGGUGCUAAAUUUGCCAAUAGAAGUGAUCCAGGCCGACUCGCCGACAAUCAGGAUUGGGGAGGAAUAUGAUGGUGAAGUCAUCACUCUUGUAUAUAUGCGUCAUGCCUAUGGUCUAGGCGAGCACUACAACAGUGUGGAGCGGUUAAAGGAUUCGACUGGUGCUGAAGACAACUGAGAGUCCCACAUCUGUGACAGAAAUAAAUGUCUUUAUUUAAGAGUGAACAAAAUAAACGUUUCACGAACUGAA